CAGCGCGCAGGGCCCAGGCCCCGAGCCUCGCGGAUAGCCUUGGAAAACAGAGACCACAAAAAAGAUGAGGGUCCAAGGAGGCAGGCGGAGACCUCGUUCCCGGGGGCCCAGAGCCUGCGCCAGCCCGAGGGCGGUCCAUGCGCCGCCUCCUUGCGUCUUCGUCAGACGGCGGCGGCGGUUACUGCUUCCGAGGUCAUUUUACCCGGACGUAUCUUUAGGGUGCAGACCCGGAGAGCGCCUGCGGGAGCGGGCCAGCCAACCAGCGCCCAAACUUCGGGGCAAAUGACUCCCGUCUGCCCUCGCCCGGCUCUCGGCUACCAUUUCUUUCCGUGUUUGCUGCGCUCAGUGUUUAAAGACGCGCGCAGCGCAGCGCCGAGAGCAGAGGCCGCGGGGCCGCCCCGGCCGCUGUCCAGCACUCGCAGCCUGAGUCGGGGCUGCCGCGGCGCCAGUAAUGUCGGGGCCCAGACUGACAGGACACCCCUUGCAGGGAGUGGGGAGGCUGGGAGCCCGGCCGCCCCUCCCCAGGGCCGCCCAGCGACACCCACCAUCUCCCCCAGCAAGCGGGCUCGGCCUGCGGAGGACGCCAUGCGGCUCCGCUUUGUCCGGCUCUCGGAGCACGCCACCGCCCCGAGCAAGGGGUCCGCGCGGGCCGCGGGCUACGACCUGUACAGUGCCUAUGAUUAUACAGUACCACCUAUGGAAAAAGUCCUUGUGAAAACAGACAUUCAGAUAGCUCUUCCUUCUGGGUGCUAUGGAAGAGUAGCUCCCCGUUCUGGCCUGGCUGCGAAACACUUCAUAGAUGUAGGAGCUGGCGUCAUAGAUGAAGAUUAUAGAGGAAAUGUGGGUGUUGUACUAUUUAAUUUUGGCAAAGAAAAGUUUGAAGUCAAAAAGGGUGAUCGAAUUGCACAGCUCAUUUGUGAACGGAUUUUUUAUCCAGAAAUAGAGGAAGUUCAGGUUUUGGAUGACACUGAAAGGGGUUCAGGAGGUUUUGGUUCUACUGGGAAGAAUUAAAACUUAUGCCAAGAAUAGAAAAUGAGAAAACAUACUUUUCUUAAAAAAAUAAAGAGUCUUUGCUUAA